CCGUCCUCGAAGAGUGCGAAGAAGCGAACCGUGGAGCAGGAAGCGCAGUCAUCUACGAACGAUCCGUCGUGUGAGAAGUAUCGACACUAACUCCUUGUCAGUUCUUGCCCCGCAAAAAUUGAUAUUUUUUAUCGAUUGAUCGAUUUGACGCGUACCUCUUUCCUGGAUACGACUCCGACGGUCAAGGCUAUCAGAGAAAAAUAUGUUCCGGAUAUUUGUAAUCCUUAUUAUUGCAAAUGCCACAUUGGCUCAGGUACCAUUUUUGGGAACGUGUCCGAAUUUGGAAGCGAUGCCAAAUUUCGAACUUGAAAGAUAUUUAGGUAAAUGGUACGAGGUUGAGAGGUACUUUGCCUGGUUUGAAUUUGGUGGAAAAUGCGUGACAGCUAAUUACAGUCUGAACGAAAAUGACUCUGUGAAAAUCAUAAAUAAGCAAAUCUCUUCAUUAACUGGAGUUGCAACGAGUAUCGAGGGCGUUGGAAGGUUAAUUGACAGAUCCGAUGAUCCUAAAUUGACGGUUACCUUCCCAUCAUUGCCAUUGCAAUUCGAUGCACCUUACUGGGUUCUGGAUUCGGACUAUAAAUCCUACGCCGUGGUAUGGAGCUGUACGAAUCUCGGAGUUCUCAACGUACGAAACGUUUGGAUUUUGACACGAGAGCCAAAACCGCCGAUCGCAGUUUUAGAAAAAGCUUACCAAGUUAUUGAUAAGAACAACAUCAGCAGAGCGUAUUUUAUUCGAACAGAUCAGAAAAAUUGUCCGGCUUCGAAUUAAGAGCGAUCUAUGGAUUUCUACAUGUUCAGUGAAAAUAUAUUUUUUGCGACGCAAUUUUGUGCAUUCCUUGAAUUACGGAUUAGAAUAUUAUACGGAUAUUUAUUAAUACGGAUAUUUAUCAUCAGUGCACAAAGAUGCUGGUUUUGUUCACAAUUAUGCUAGCAUUAUGAUUGUAUAACUAUCACGAGUGUGUUGAAUUAAUAUAAUUAAUGUGAAUAUUUAUUUUGUAUUCAAAGUUAAAAUAAUUAGUAGUGGUAAUAUUUAUAAAGAGUUAUAGUUCGCUAUCUGUCUCUGUUUCUUUUCUCGACUGUGAUGUUUAAUGCAAUAUGAAAAUUGAACAUAAUGUUUUAUGACAAUAAAAUUGAACUUAAAUCCUAAUCUAACUUAAAUCAUUAAAAAUUUAAUUUAAGGAGAUUCUAAAUUCUAUUACAAUAGAAAGCGUUAUUAUCAAUGCAUAAUGAUCAUAAUUAUGCAUAUAUAAUUGUAUUCGUAACAUUGUGGCUACGAAAUACAAGUUAGUUUUUACGAACUGUUUUGUCUGUUUGUCAUAUGAUGAAUAAAAAAAAAUGAAAAAUAAAAGAAUAAUUUUAAAGUG